GACAUCAACAUCACGUAAACCAAAACCAUUUCUAUUAUGUGCCACCAUGAUGACAAUCCAUAGAAUGAAUAGAAGAUGCUUAUAGUAUUUCAAAUUAAAAAGGGAUUCUAUAUUGAACUCAAUCUUCUUUUGUUCAAAUAUUUCUUGAUGCUUUAUUUUCUAACGUCUAAAAUUCAGUGUCCCAAUGAGAGAAGUCAAUAACCACAAUAAACAAUCAGAAGAUAUAUGCUUUAAUGCGUUCACCAUCUUUAAUUUGAAAUUGCACAACAUGGAAACUGCUUUUUUCCCUUUAUUUUGAUUUUAAUAAAAUCCCUUUCUGCCUUUUUGACCACUAAGGCCGUUGUUCUUGAUAAUCACGGUUUUUAUUUUAUUGCUCCAAUGGAAUUCUGUAGUUCUUUUUGUCAUUAAUGUGUGAUGGAGUUUUACACUAAUCGUCUACUUACAACUGAGAGGCUCAACUUAUGUUUGAUCAACCGUCGAAAUAGUGCAAGAUAAUUGUACUCUGUGAAAAAAAGAACUAUGGUUAACUUACUACGACCUUGUUCGGUAAGUGAACUUGACAAAGCUUAAAAUAUAAUUAAGUUGAUUGAACAUACUUUUUAUCUACAAAUUUAGUUUGGUCCACAACUUACCAUCUACACAUUCUAUGGGAUUCGCAACCUAUAAACACUCAAAAAUAUUACAAAACAAGCACUAUAUGAUCUCACCAGACAAAAUGCAAUUAAGUGUGAAAUCUCAGUGAAUAAAAGUCAAAUGAGUUAAGGCGCAAAUAUGUGGCUGUAUUAAUCCUCUUUCAUAAAUGUCAAAGUUGAUCAAGAAAUAGAGAAGCAUAAUCAUCUAGAUGUCUGCUGCUUUUUUCUCGUCAACAUCUACAAAAAGCACCAUUUGAAAACACCUACCAACAUCACAAAAUCCACUCAAACUCGGAACUCUCUCUCUCUCUCUCUCUCUCUCUCUCUCUCUCUCUCUCUCUCUCUCACACACACACACACACACACACACACACACACACAGACAGAGGUGAGUCAAGAGGUUCAGAAUAAGAGUAGAUCAGUGAACUACAAGCUUUUCGUGGUCUACUAUAAGACAGAUCAAUCCUUUCUUAAGGUUGUUCUUUGUUCUAUAUUCUAGUGUCAUAGGCUCUCUCUCUCUCUCUCUCUCUCUCUCUAUCUCAUACAUACGCUACACAAUCAUGGGAUUAGAGUGUGAAUCAGAGCGAAAUUUCAGAUCAUAUAAGCUUCCACUUCCAAUGUUGCCUAUACCAGUCACAGAGUCACCAGAGCAUCCUGGCACAGAAACACCACCACUGCAGACUUUAGCAUUUGUGCCAUUCAAAUGGGAGGACGAGCCAGGAAAACCUCGGCCCUGCUCGAAUCUCUAUUCCCCGUCCAACCCCAUUGACACUAUAGAACCCAAGUUCUUAGAGCUCCCUCCUAGGCUAUACAUGGAGUCUACCCCCAAAAAUUCCAAAACACCCUCUCCCACCACAGUCUUGGAUGGACCCUAUGUGGUCAGCAGGCCGAAGUUUUCUUCUUUCAGAUUCUUCAGGGAACGUCGAGAUUCCUUUGACAGUACCAGUAGCACAAGUCCUGAAAGAGACGAACUCGAUACUAUGGUUUUUAAAGAGAAAAAGCACAAAGGAAGAGGAUUUUUGGGAACUUGGGGACAAAAAAAGGGUGGAAAAAGAGAAGUCGAUGAGAGUGCAAGGGAGAAAAAGGAAAAUAUAAGAAGAAAUGGAAGCUUUUCCAGUGUCUAUCAAGCUAAAUCUCAUCUCUGGGCUGCUAUAUAUGAAGGUUUCAAGCAAGUUAUACCAUGGAAGAGCAGAAAACCAAAGAAAGAAGGGUUCAACAUUUGAGUCUUACGAAUAUGUGUUCCUAUUUCAGAAGGUUGUGCUUUUCCAUUGGUUGUCCCACUAGAUAGUGUGUUGUUCCUAUGGUUAGCAAGAUGUGAAAAUUAUAUACAAAUAGUACGUUUGUGUUAUAAUUACAAGGUCUUGAAUAUAGAAAUUGAAGGCUUGAAUAUGUUAUUUGAGUGAUAAUGAAUUUUUUGGACAAAACCUCGAAUUCCUAGAAUUCCAUCUGAAUUUCUGUAGGAAUUGCCCUUUCAUUUCAAUGCAGGUUAUUCCUUAUCGACUUUUAA